AUGGCAGCCUCGACACACGGCCAUCCUGCAAUCCCCGUCGAGCUUUGGGUGGCCGUUGCAGCGCACGUCAUCGAGUUUGCCGACUUGGCUGCUCUGGCGAGGACCUCAAGCCCGCUGCACAACGCAGUCAUCCCGGUCCUGUACGCCCGUGCACUGUCCUCACUGCGAAGCGAGCGGGCGUUGUUCUGGGGAGUGCUCAACGGAUUCCCCCGCACAGUCGAAGCGGCUCUCGAUGCAGGCAUCGACGUGAACUUGACGUGGCAUUCCCUGCUCCGUGCCAGCAGGCUCGAAUCCGUCUUCUCCAACCCCGAGGGUGCCGAUGUGAAGGGUUUCCUGGAUGCGGUAGAUCGCCGCGGCGCCGCCAAGCCAGGCGAACCGAAAUGGCACUGGUCGGCGUUGCAUCUCGCAGCCAUGAAGGGCAAGGCUGAGAUUGUCGAGUUGCUGCUCCAGCGCAAUGCCAAGAUGAGCACAGGCAGUUUGGGACUCUGUGCCUGCGAAAUGCGACCGCGGACUGUCGGGGAAAGACCCCGACACUCAGAAGAGCACCCGCCUGCCCUCUGGACUCCGUACCAUGUUGCUGUUUGUGCAGGACAAGUCCCUGCGGCGAACCUCCUGAUCUCCAACGGAGCCUCUGUUAACAUGGAAACUCCUCCCCAGGAGAUUUUCGACUGGGAGCCAACAAUGAUGACUGCACUUCAUGUUGCAUCCAAGUCUGGCAACGAAGACAUGCUAAACUGGCUGUUGAGCAAGGGCCAUACUGAGGGCGGUGUUGAAUCCGUCGACAGUCUUGGGCAGACUCCGCUCGUGUAUGCAUACCUAUAUCAGAACUGGGGUUGCUUUGAUAUCUUGCUUCAGAAUGGGGCCAAUAAGAAUAAAGUAGUCUCGUUCAAUCUCGCUGAAGAUCGAGAUGAUUGGAGGAAUGUGACGAUGCUUUAUGACGCCUUGGCCAGCUUCAGGUUCAAAGAUGCCUUGCGUCUUGUUGAAUUCGGCGUUGAUUUGGUGAAGCCUGCUGAUGAAGUGGGAGCCCUUCCUCUUAUUCAUUUGCUGUGUAAGAAGCCAUGGAUUGCUUCGUUGGUGAACAACCCCAGUCAAGAUUCACAGGAGGAUCUGGUACGCAGUGGGGAGGUUCUGCUUCAAGAAGUUCUCAACCGGGGCAUGGACCCUAACGAGAGCUAUCUCGGAUACACGGCACUUGCUUACGCUGCUGGCGCGUGCAAUACUUUUGCCGUUCAAUGUUUGCUUCACGCUGGUGCGCAUAUUAACGGUAAUCCCGGGGAUAUGUUCUCGCCAUUGGCCACGGCGUGCCAGAAUCAAUGGCGCAGGCCAAUGUUGGAGACUGUGUCCUUGCUCAUAGAAUCAGGAGCCUCGGUGAAUCCGAUCGGAGAUACAGCCGUGGCACCUACCUGGACACUUUCAGGCCAUUACAACAACCCUACCGAGAAGAACAAGGUGCUGGAGCUGUUACUAGACCACGGGGCGCGUAUAGCUCGUGGCACAUCUUCUGGACAACGAUCAUUCGUCACUCCUCUCGACGAAGCAUUACGAUCGAGAGACAUGGAAGGCUUUGAGAGACUGUUGUCGCGAUGCAAGCCUGAGGAGAUUGGCGAUGAUGAUAUUGUAGGCUUUUGGGAUGCUAUCCCCUCUGGCGGGGAUGCCGAUCACUUCAGACGUGUUCUCGACUUGGACAAAAAUCGCGCCAUUGUUCGAGACCUGCCGAUGGCAUUGUCCAUGUUGUUUCAUCUGAAGCCGAUACCAAAUGACCUCUUAGUGAGGUUAUUGGAAAUGGGGGCGAAUCCCAACACGGCAUUUGGUAUGUCGAAUCUUAUCGACGCCAUAAUGAGCGAACAAGAUACAAGCGCUGUUGUCAAAACGCUGUUGGCGCACGGGGCAAAUCCAAAUACCAAAUGGAAUUCUGAUACACCACUCACCCACCUACUAGUGCACUCCAACCAACCACUGGAAGCAAAAUUGAGCCACGUGGGAUGCCUUCUAGAUGCGGGCGUCUCGAUUUACGAACGGCUGGACCGCUCACCUUCUAUUGGCGUUCUCUCUGAAAGGGCGCCGGCGACCCAUCUGGCCCUUGCCAUCCAAAACAUGAACAAGAGCCCGGGACUUGUGGAACUCAUGCUGGAGCGACAGCCAUUCCGCGAUCAUCUACAGGUACGACCUUACGAAUACAUCUACCAGGCAUUUGGACUUGGCAAUGGCAGAGCGCUCAAAGCUAUCAUCCGGACUUGUGAUGACGCGACAUCUCUGAUCCGGGAAAAUGCGCAUGAACUCAUGCACCGUCUACUCGAUCAGCUGUGUGUUUAUCAAUUCAGUGUCGAGGACAUGAUGACAACCGCUGUCUGUUUGCGGGUCCUCAUUGAGGAGAGCGAGCUGGAUCUGUUCUUGAAUGCCCCGGAGCAAUCAAACGAUAAUCGCACCGCUAGAGAGAAACUAUUGAGUGCCAUGAGGAUUCACGACACAUGGGGCACACAGAAGGGGAUGGGCAUGUGCCUCGGUGCUAGGAUCCAGUUUUCAGAAGAGGACACCACACCCACGUUUUUGGAGCCUGGAGCGUUGGUAUUUGACAAUUCUACGCCAUUAUCUGUAUUAGGGAAACUUUCUGAGGAACAAUGA